CGCUCUCAACAUGUCUCUCCAGAUCGUCGUUGUCCUGUCUUGCGUCAUCAUGGCCGUCGUGGGGGAUCGCCCACCCUACGGUCACCCUCCCCCACCCUACCACCCUGCCCCGGCCUAUCACCACCCUGCCCCAGAGUAUCCUGAUGUUCCUCCCAAGUACACCUACAACUACGGCGUCGCCGACGGCUACUCCGGCGCCAACUUCGGCCACUCGGAGGCCCGCGAUGGCUACAAGACCGAGGGCAGCUACACCGUCGACCUCCCCGACGGUCGGAAGCAGAUCGUCAAGUACGUCGACAACGGCGACGGCCUCAUCGCUGAGGUCACCUACCAAGGAGAGGCUGUCUACCCCGAUUACAAACCCGCCUACCCCCACCCCCCUCCUCCUCCCGUAUACGUCUAAUUCGUCCCCUCUUUUAAUAAAAGACCUGUUGGUCUAUAAGAACGGACUGUCUCAUCUCAUCACAGGAUUAAACGUCAUGUUCAUGUGUUCACGAGUCAUCAUCCACCGUGCGUAGAAUUAUUGUAGAUUUGUAAUAUAUAUAUUUUUCGCUGUGCCAUGAGAUCCCCAAAAUACAUCGUGCAAGAAAA